UUAUUGGUUGAACAUGGGAAAAAUAUAGGCCGGUAUCUUUUUUUCUGGAGUAUGUGGUAACUGUAUGGUUUCCCCAGCUUACCCCAACAACACCCAAUAUAGUUACCCCAAUGUUUCAGAAAUGGCUGAUAACAGGGAGAUUUAUAUGAUUUAAAUCAAACCUAAUUGUAAGGUUAAUGUUGGCGGUGUCCCACUGGGGACCCUUUGUCACAAAGACUUCUUGCCAUUGGAGAAUGCUGGUAUGUGGGGAAUAGAGAGCGGCUUUAGAUUAUUGCUUUUACUGCAUUUCAAGCAUAUUUUCUACAACAAUAGAAAAUAUAAUAGAACUAUGGGUUUACUUCUCCUUUAAAAAAAGUUUUCCAUUUUUAUAUUAAAUAAAACAAAUCAGUAUAUCAAAUAAAAACCAGCAGCGGAACUUGCUUUCCCAGUUCAACGGUGUAAACAUGACCUUUUAUAUUGUGUAUGAGCUUAGUGGCAAGUCACCUCUGAACUCUGACCCCUCUGGGGGAUUGCGCAAUGGUCUGUGUGCUCUCUGAUAACAGGGACUAGCGGGUUAGAAAUACAGCAGUGAUUGUGAGGGAAAGAAGCACAACAACAAGUCACACAGGUGGCCAUACACAGGUAGAUUUCUGCUGCCGGUUUGGGUCCUUCAGACCGAUUCGGUAGUUUAUCUCUCCGUGCUCCCGCGAUCCACUGUCUCCUUCCCCCCGACACGCCGCUGAGUAACUACAACGAUGGACUGCCAUGAUCUUACCACUCUUUUACCCCAACCCCGCCUGCAGCAGUUUGCUCGUGACUGGUUGGCCGAGGACGCACCCUGGUUAGAUAUUGCGGGCUGGGCAGCUUCCCGCCGUAAUCAGGGUGGACAGGAAGAGGCCGUGCUACUGUGCAAAUCUGCAGGCGUGCUGGCAGGGGGGCCAUUUUUCCAAGCAGUAUGUGAGGAAGCUGGGUGCACUGUCCAAUGGGAGCACAGAGAUGGAGAAUGGUUGGAACCAGUCACCAGGGUGGCUACUGUCAAAGGUCGCGUGAAUGAUUUACUGCUGGCGGAACGCCCUGCCCUGAAUGCUCUGUCUCGCAUCAGCGGAGUGGCUACUCUGGCAAGGGAGGCGUCACGGAAAGCAAAAGCCACAGGGUGGCCAGGGCUGGUCACCGGCACAAGGAAAACUACGCCAGGGUUCCGCCUGCCUGAGAAGUAUGGACUGUUGGUGGGAGGAGCUGGCACUCACAGAUAUGGGACCACUGAUCUGGUCAUGCUAAAGGACAACCACGUCUGGGCCAUGGGAGGAGUCAAAGAGGCCCUUGAUGGUGUUCGCGCUCUGGCUGGGAAAACGUUGAAGGUGGAAGUUGAAUGCAGAUCCCUGGAGGAAGCGUUAGAUGCGGCCGCAGCAGGAGCAGAUAUUGUCAUGCUCGAUAACCUGCCCCCCGAGGCCCUCCAUGCUGCUGCACUUGCCGUCAAAUCCAGUUAUCCAUCCGUUGUGAUAGAGGCCAGUGGGGGUGUCACAUUUACCAACUUGCAACAGUUUCUGGGGGCUCAUGUGGACAUGGUGUCUAUGGGAUGCCUCACUCAGGGAUCACCCAGCAUAGACUUCUCUCUAAAACUCAGCCAUGGUCUCCGUAGGAAAGCCACAGACUUGGGCCACUGACAUACUGACUCUAGCCACUGUGCCACAGACUCUAGCCACUGACCUACUGACUCUAGUCACUGUGCCACAGACUCUAGCCACUGACCUACUGACUCUAGUCACUGUGCCACAGACUCUAGCCACUGACCUACUGACUCUAGCCACUGUGCCACAGACUCUAGCCACUGACCUACUGACUCUAGCCACUGAGCCACAGACUCUAGCCACUGACCUACUGACUCUAGCCACUGAGCCGCAGACUCUAGCCACUGUCCUACUGACUCUAGCCACUGAGCCACAGAUUCUAGCCACUGACCCUAGUCACUGAGCCACAGGCUCUAGCCACUGAACCAUAGACUAUAGCCACUGAGCUACAGACUCUAGCCACUGACCUACUGACUCUAGCCACUGAGCCACAGACUCUAGCCACUGACCUACUGACUCUAGUCACUGUGCCACAGACUCUAGCCACUGACCCUAGUCACUGAGCCACAGGCUCUAGCCACUGAACCAUAGACUAUAGCCACUGAGCUACAGACUCUAGCCACUGUGCUGCUGACUGGAGCAACUACCUGUUUAUGCUUUGAACUUAUCAUAUGUUAUUUUCUUGUUGCUUUGUAGAUACUAAAGAUGUCACUGCAAAAGUAA